UGUUAACACAAUUUUGUCCUGGAAAUUUUUCAUCCCUCUAAGCAAACUGACUUUCAGUGCCUAUUUGGUGCACAUGACAGCAAUGAAUUUAUAUAUCGGCCUUCGAAGGACUCCAUACUUUGUGUCACACAUUGAAAAUUGGUACCUGUUUUUCGGUUUUAUUAUUCUUACUCUUCCGUAUGCCAUUUUCCUUUACUUGGCGGUGGAGGCACCAUCAAUGAAUUUGAUGCGGCUGGCUUUCAAAAAACGGAAGGCUGACACAGCAUUUGUAGCUGACAAGGCCAAUAAAUCACUUGAAAAAGAAGCCUGAGGAGACGAACAUAUUCCUGCACUGCGGAAUAAACUUGCCAUCUGUUUAAAAUCCAUAUUUGUAUUGUAAACUAUAAAAUUAAAUCUUUAUUAUUCAAUAUCAGUUUAUAAGUUAACCAUGUAAAGUAGAUAUUCAAGAUUUUUCCGAAAUAAAUCAAUUAAUUAAAAAUUGAUUUCAGAUUUCAAGUCCAUUAAUAAAAUUAUUGACGCACAAAAUAUUUAUGGAUCUCGUUAUACGCACUUAUUUGCUCUUCAGAUAAUUCAACUGACGCAAAACAUCUGAGAUAGUACAUAUUAUCAAACAAAUUUCAAUCGAUAAAAAUCAGUCCUCUUUAAGUAUUCGCUUCAGUGGAUUGAAUUCGAUUUCAAAGUCCUCACCAUGGAUUUUCGGACGGCAGUUCUGCUUUGUUUGAUGCUGUCUUCUUUUGCCAAGGCGGACUGCGAUGCUGAUUUAGAAGAAUAUUUCCAGGGAUUGAAUCCUAGUAACCCUCAGUUGUGGUCCCUUGAAAUGCUCGAUUCAUCUGCGAAAUUCAUGACGGAUGGAAUUUCUGAGCUCACAUUGCUUUACAAAUUCGCUAAUUUUGACCAAUGCAUUGCUGUGAAUGGCCCAAGUGGACUCAACGGGAAUCCUAAAUUCACUGGCCAGUAUUGCUUAUUUGCCGUUGGCCUACAGCUGCCCUCAAAUAAUGUUGAUCUUGCGAAUGCUGUUGAAAUGCAGCAGAAUUUGAAACAAAUAACAAAAUUACGCGUAGGAGAAGCGAAAACUGCCAGCGAGCCAUUGGUUUUGCCAUCAAUGUGGGGUGUGUGCGCUCCGUCUUCUUGCGGCUUGGAAGGCGUCAAGCGGGUGGCAGACUUCAAUACGCAGCUUUUCGCAAACGUUUUAGGACUCAAAGCAAAUACGACUAUGUAUGAAAAUUCAUGCUACUACGAAGGAUCGUUUGUUUUGGAUGCUGCGGCCUGGUGUUUUAUAGCGUUUGCAAUAUUGCUUGCUUGCCUGAUAUUGGCGUCGACUGUAUUGGAAAUCUUUUAUCCAAAAUUGGGGUUUGCAGGACAGCAACCAUUUUUCAACGCCUUCUCUCUAAACCAAACACUAAUGAAGGAUUUAAUGAGACUCCCCGAGGUCAAUGCUCCCGGACAUUUGAGAUGUUUGCACGGAAUGAGAACCAUGUCUAUGGUUUGGGUUGUCUUGUGUCACUCCUAUUCCAUCGUUACUAACUAUGCUGGACACAAUUUGGCUUCAACACUAUCUAAAUUCCCAAGUCAAUGGUUCAUCGCCCCAUUACUGAAUGGCUAUAUGUCGGUUGAUACGUUUUUAUUACUGAGCGGACUGUUGACUGUGUACAUUCCUUUGAUGGACGAUUCAAAAGGGAGGAAAUUCAACGUGCUUAAAUACUAUAUCUACAGAUAUUUGAGAAUAACCAUUCCAUUAGCAGUGGCCAUCUGGUUUGUGUCCACAACGAGCAUUUAUUUCGGAAAAGGUCCAACCUGGACUUUAGGAUUUCGUACCAGCAUGCAAGUGUGCCGAGAAAAUUGGUGGGCAAAUAUCCUCUACAUCUCGAACUAUUUCUUUGACUUUUGCAUGGGGCAUACUUGGUACCUGUGUGUGGACAUGCAGCUUGCUCUGUUGGCGCCGUUGAUUAUUUACCCUCUGAUUAAAUGGCCUAAAUAUGGCCUGGUUGCAAUUUUCGUUCUCACUCUGGGCUCGAUUGCUGCCGUAUUCGCUGUUACUUACACGGAAGAUCUGCCGUGGACCUCACAGUUUAACGUCGAUGCUUCCAAAUCACAACGUUACUUGGAAAUUAUUUACAUAAACACGCCCAUGAGGGCCUCACCGUACCUAAUCGGGAUGGCCCUUGGUUAUGUCCUGAGCAAGAAAUACCACGUUUCAAUUCCAAAAUGGGGAGUUGCCCUUGGAUGGCUCGCUAGCACUGCUCUUGCACUUUCAGUGAUUUUCCUCAUUCUCAUUCCGUACUCAGAAGGCUACGUUGAAAACGCUCUCGAAGCUGCAUUCUUUUCUAGCCUACACAAGCCAGCAUGGGCUCUUAGUCUGUGCUGGAUAAUUUGGGCUUGCGUAAAUGGCUACGGAGGAUUUAUUGACAAAAUUCUGUCUUGGAAAUAUUUCAUUCCCUUAAGUAAACUGACUUUCUGCGGAUAUUUGAUGCACGCUUCCGCUAUUACCUUACACUCGAACCUUCGUAGGACUCCAUACUUCAUAUCGCAUUUCCAAAAUUUGUAUCUUUUUAGCGGUAUUUUAAUCCUUACUCUGCCAUAUACUAUUGUCCUUUACUUGGCAGUGGAAGCACCUACGAUGAACCUGAUGCGCUUGGCUUUUAAAAAGAGAAACAAUGUUACAGAACCAGUAUCCCGUCAGAUUAAUAAAUCUCUUGGAAAGGAAGCUUAAAGUGAAACAAUGCAUAUACAGUACUGGGAAAAGUGGGAAGAUGUCAAGGAUUUUACCAGAAAUAAAAGGAUGAACUCUUAAAUGCCAUAUUUGUUAUUCAUUUA